UACUCGUUGAGUCGCGAGACCUCCGCAUUCGCUCCGAGCACUUACGGCACGUCUGCUCAGCUCCCGGUCCGAAGACGAGCUACAGUCCUCCCGCUAAACAAAGGAACAGGACCGGUCCGCUCCACGGUGGAAAGGAAGGUCAGUGAUGGUCAAUGGUAGUUAAAACCUGCAGCCAAGGAUGUCUGCUACUGAUUCGGACAACUCCAUUGACUGGCUCGCUAGCGACACUGAGGACAGCACCAGCGAACAGGAGUCAGAGAGGACCCACAACCAGUCGGAUACUCCUGCAACUGACAGCCGCCGGAGCCAUGAGGCGUCCACAAGGGGGCCUCCCUCCAGCUCCACGGAAACAUGGGGCAGGAAUACCAUUGAACUGUGUAAAACACAACAAGGCGAGAAGAUGAAGCGACGCCGCAGCUUCACAGAGGAGGAGGGAGGACGGAUACUUUCCAGUCAGUCCGAGAAGGGACGACUUUUCACCCGAAAGUGCAUGGAGCUGCAAUGCUACAUUCAACCACUGUCAUCGAUCUUGAAUGGCCUUCGUUCAGGGAGAUACAGAGAAAGACUCAGCAGUUUCCAAGAGAGUGUUGCCAUGGACAGAAUCCAAAGGAUCCUGGGCGUUCUACAGAAGCCCUACAUGGGAGAGAACUACAUUAGUAUCAUUCUUAAAAUGGAGGAAAUGCUGAAGAGUUGGUUCCCCAACAUAAAACCCCUCCACCAACUGGCUGUCACCCACACAGAGGAAGUCGUUCCUGCCAAGAAACUAAAGCUUUCCCCUGUGACCCCAACUGCAGCAGUGAGCCCCGUCACCAUCAGCGAUACGCCGGUGGCCGCCAAACUCCUCCGAGUCACUGACCUCACACCUCCCGGAGCUUACUCGGCAAGCAACCUGAAAUGGCUUCACACGUCCCCCAUCUGCUCCCCAACAGCGGAGGAGGCCCCGGCCGCCCCCCGGCACGUGGCAUCCCCUAGAGACCUAACACAGGACAGUGCCGUGUCAUCCAGCACAGACAGCCCCGCUAACACAGACUCUGUGCCCAAAGGGCCUCCGCAGGGUAAAAUCAAUGCGCCAUGUCUAGAGCGCCUCCUCAAGUCAACGGAAAGCAUCAUCAACCGCAGGAAGACGUCAGGUUUGAUGGACAGCAGCUGGUCCUAAUCAACAUGGGGGGUGAAGAGUGGGGGGGCUGAUUAUCAUGCAGCCGAGCCUUGACUACUCGACCAGGGAGGCCAGUUUAGCUCGUUUCGCCCAUUCCAGCCUUCAGGGGAGACCAGAGCCUUCAAAAGGGAUGCGACAGGUUUACUUUUUAGUGUGAAAGACAAACAUGUUGUACUCUCUGUGUGGGAAUGUGCCCUCUCUGACAUGACAAGUGUCUGCUAUAUUUCCUUUUUUGUUGACUUCUUUUGUUUUGUGGUUUGCACUCUUGGGUAGUGUUUUUGAGGGUAGGGAGGAGAGCAAUUGCACCCUAACUGGAGCAGCAUCCCACUGUAGAUCCGAUGGUUCCGUUUGAGUGUUUGUGAAAGUGCCAUCUUGCCUGAGAGGUGUGAAGGAAGUCAACAGCGGUCUACGUAUUGUUGUGCUGAAAUGUGACAUUAUAUUCUUCUCCUUUUCAUGACUCCGCUCUGUUAAGUUUAUUUUUGGGACUGUUACUAAUUUUCAUACUUUGAAAAUACUCAAGUCUUUUUGGUACAACUGUUCUACCUCAGAGGGCGCCACAUCACAGUUGAUGGGCGAGCGUAGGAAUGUAAAAGCAUGGCUCGCCCUCUCUGGACACCUCAGUGGAUCUGCAGUGAACCCGACGGUAACAAACAGUGAGCUCCGCAGCACGAGCUGCCCUGCUCAGGGAUGCUCCCAGCACAGGGAUCCUCUCGUGGUGCCAUUGUAAAGAAUGUCCACUUUGAGUCUCCCAGUAGAAGGCAAAGAGUGCCUGUAACGUCAAGCUGUGCCUGCACGCCGGUUUAUUAAAGCAAGAGAAGUGUCGGGAUUUCCUGCAGCAAGGCUGGAUUGUACAAGUCAGGAAUUGGCACUCUCCUGCCAUUCAUUCUCUUAGAAAGCGUAAAUUAUUCAGUUUUUGCCAACCCGUUUCUGUGGUAGAGUAGAACAAUUCUUGUUUUGCCACAGAACUCAGACAGUAUGUUCGAACUGCAGAAGAGGACAAGGUUUUUCUCUUUGUAAGCCUGACAAGACAGCUUGUCGAUUUACUCUGAAAAGUGGCCUUUAUAGUGUGAAAUUUUAUACUUUCAAAAUAAAUGUGUGCAUAUUUGUUCAAUGCAAA